AAUUGAUUUUAAAAUUUGAUAUAUAUAUUAUGUUUGUAUAUAAAAAACAAUAUACAAAAAACAAGCACCAUGUAGAACAACUGAUAUGGCAUUAUCACAACAGUGCAAGAAAUUAUGUACUUAAACUCUGUUUUUUGUUGAAAUUUGGUGCCUAAUUGUAUCGCUUUCUCGGCAAUUUUAUUGAUAGCAUUUUGUGCGUGAGUCAGGUGUGUUGGUGAAGUUUAAAGAAUUAUGAAUCAGCAGUGUCUGGGUUGUCUCCUUAGGGAACUUUUAAGGGGAGUUAAUAAAUGUAGUUUCAUGUAUUGACAGGUCCCACCAGCCAGACACUCAUACAAGUUUACCAAAUGUAGAAGCUAGGACACAUUCAUGGAACCCUGCACACAGACUUUCACUUAAAGAUAAUCAUUUAUCUCCGUUUACCCGAUCAGAAGACAGAAGACCUGGGUUUCAUAUGUCAGAAAAAUACCCAGGCUCGGAAGAAAGGAAAUAUCCUUUGCCUUCACCAGACAGUCAUCCAUGCUCAGAAGAAAGAAGAUAUUCUUUGCCUCCACCAGAAAGUCGUCCAUGCUCAGAAGAAAAAAGAUAUCCUUUGCCUUCAUCAGAGAGGCUUCCAUACUCAGAGGAAAGCAGAUAUCCUUUGCCAUCAUCAGAGAGGCAGCCACACUCAAAAGAAAAAACAUAUCCUUUGCCCUUAUCAGAGAAAUCUAGAUCUUCACUUCAUGGGAGUUCAUCAUGGUCUCCUAUGAACACAAGAAAGUCCAGGUCACCAGAGCACUAUCCUGAAAGAGAUCUUGAAGAUAGAGAAUCGCAUUACAAUUUAGAAGAGACACCUUGGUCAAAAAUAGGAAGUGCUUUGGAAGCAUUCACCGAAUCCAAUCGAAGAAUUCGAAAACAGUGUCAGAAAGAGAGAGAUCCAAUUUCUCAAGAUGCUCUUGUUGGUUUGUUUAGUACUCAUGCUCGUGAAUGUGAAUUGUAUUUGGAUAAGCCAGAUGCACAUCCAGAUUAUUUUAAAGAAUAUAGGCUAUUUUUGGAUAAAAAAAGAGAUUUCAUAAUGAAAUUGGGUGGUGAUCCAGGAACAUAUGACUACAUAAAAGAAUGGGGAAAGAUUUGGCCUUCACGUUUGUAUGAUCUCUUCCAAAAAAGCUGGGAAGUUAAGAAAAAAGAGUGUCUGUCUAUGAUAUCUUCAAAGAGAAAAAGAUCAUCUUCAUCCUCAUCAUCGUCACGAUCUCCAACUCCUGAGAGGGUAACAAAACUAUCAAAAAAUAUGGCUUCAAAGCCUAAAAAAUUUUCACCCAAACUUGAGAAAAAGGAAGCUUUGGAAGAUACUAAGGGUAUGAUACCCCCAAGACUAGAAGCAAGGAAGUUGAGAGAACCUAAUGAGCAAUCCCAGAGUGUACCUUAUGGUGAAAAAGUAUCUUCAUCACAAAAGCUAGUAAAGAAGAAAGUUGUGAAGAUUGUUGAAGUUCUUGGUAUAUUAGCAUACAUGAAAGACAAAUUGGGUGUACUUGGAGUGCCAGUCAGAGUUCUCUAUGAGAAAGCAGUUGAAAUGGAAAAGAAAGGUUUAAAUCCAAAUACUUUGCUAGAAGAUGAAGAAACAGGUGUCCUGUUUGCUACAUUGAGUGAUAAACUUAAUUCUUUAAUCAAAGGAGGGGAUGGAUCAGCCAUCCAGAAAGCAAUUAUUCAGGAAGCACACACACUUUUGCUUGGCUUAAUAACUGAAAUAGAUAAGAUUAAGAGGAAAGAUGAUACAAUAUUGCAUGUUAAUGUUGCUAAGAUAGCUCGUUUAACAAAGGGAAAGACCAUAUCUGACACUAUCACGAAUAUAAAUUAUUUCUUGGCGUAUGAAGGUUAUUCUAAUGUAUCUAAGGAAGACCUAGAAAAUUUUUAUACGUCUGUUAAAGAUGAGCAGUUAAAGUUCACUGAGUCUGCAUCAUCUAGCCAAAGUAAUAGGUUCCUAAGCUCACCAUCUGGAUUUGACAGAGCAGAACAGAAGACAGUUGAAAGUAAAAUACCUGGUCAAGGCACAAAGUCUUCUCCAAGUAGAGAUGUAGGAUUCUCUAAGCUAAGAGCAGUAAAAGCUUUCACAUCAAAGUUUGACACCCCAGUGGAACUUGAUGAAGAGUUCUUUACAGGCCAGAAAUUUUUGAGACCUAGUGAUUCUGUAGAUAACAGUAGAACUGAAGUGACUUUGAAAUCUACUUAUGUUCCUCAUAAGCAUGCACUACCUCCGCCUGCCCCUGUAAUAUCAGGUAUACAUAAUAGUUCAGUGCUUUUGAAGAAUUCUAGUUCACAGUCUGCACAGAAUCCCUUUUGCAGAACCCCGUUUCACAGUUUACAGAAUUCUAAACAGUAAACUAUUACAAAAAAGUCCAUAAGCUAUGCCAAAUAUUCUUGAAUAAUUACUCUAGAGUGAUGGUAUAAAUUAGUGAACUGACUGAAGGAGUUCCAGUGCUGCAUUUUAUAGGGGCUUUGAAAAGUACAGUAUACAUAGUACUAUGUGAUAAAAAUCAUGGGAAAGCUGAACAUCUGGUGAUCUGAAAUUCAACAAAGCUCUUUGAAUGUAAUUAGUUUUUAAAUUGUAAAUCAUUGUGAUGGGCCUACUGAGGUCCAGUGUUUUACAUCAUCUAGUGAUAAAAUAGAUUUGGCAGGAAAUAGUGAGGUCUACCCCUCAGGUAUUUUAAAGAGAAUGUUUAGAACUCUGGGGGGAACAAGUGGCAGAAUGUUUAUAUGAUGGUGAAGGAAGUGAAAUGCUAGAACAGUAUAUUGAACACUGAUUUCCACAUGAUAAACAAUGAAAGUGGUGGCCUGUGGAUAUUGUGUAGCUGUCAAAAGGAGGAGCAAUUGUCUGGUUUUAGCUUUAUUUAUGGAAGAAUCUCCAAAAUAGUAACCAUAAAUGAAAGAAACAAAGUUAGAGAGAGAGAGAGAGAGAUGUUGCUGUAUGGAACUUGAUAAUUUAACCAUUUAUUUGUAUGUUGAUUUUGCUGAAACCUAAACACUACUGAAAGAUGAGAAAGAUUUUGAACUGUGAUUAGAAGAGAAUGUUUGAUAUUAGUGGGGCAAAAGCUUGAGGAUCAUAGUCACAACCAAAUCUUCAACCGUUUAAGGUAUGCAUCUGUGAGUGGUACGUAGAGUUAAUCUUGCCAGAGACUAAGUUUUCCAUGUCAGCAGCUGCCAGGGUCUAUACACAGUUUGAUUUCUAAUAAUUUAAAGUUUAUGGGUGGGAAUAUGAAUAUGCAAGAUCUUGUAAUGUGGUGAGAUCUGUUGUGUGUACCAAACUAUUCAGGUUGGAUGGUAUUUAGAAAGUGCCCUUGUACAUCAGCUUCUCUGGCCAAUAAAUACUAGGAGGAGCUGAGAAUCCUUUAAUGGUGGUGUCAGCAGUCAUUGGCUGUUGUGACCUACUAGUAACUACAUAGAAUAGCAGUACAUUUUGUUUAAUAUGAAAAUAGUUUAUUGCAUAUGAAGAGUAUUUCAUUCAGGUUUCAGUUAUUGUCAUAGAAAGGAAAAGUUGGAAGUAUUGAAGGAGAGAGAGUGUGUUUUUUUGUGUAAUUUGUUAACAUUUUUAUCAGUGUGGAAAUGGCCAUUCCAAAUGGUUGUGCUAAUUUUGAAUAAUGGUAGAUGAACAUGUAAAACUGAGAUGUAAAAAUGAAUAAAUAUCUAUUGUA